UGAUGAUUUCACUUCUAAAAUAAUUACAUCACUUCUGGUGAAUUUUGGGGAAAAGCACAAUACCCUACUAAAUGUAUAAGGUUGGAUUAUAAAAUGAACACAGAUGUAUUUCAAUAAAUUACAAAGAAAAAAGCAACAAGAAAUCUACAGAUCAACCAUGGAAUUAUCAGAGGUCAGGUGUUCCAGUGCCACUGAUGAACUGUAUACGAUUAACAGGACCCCAACUUUAAACAGCAGCACAAGACCCAAAAGACUUCUCUGGCAGACAGCAGUGAGGCAUAUCACUGAACAAAGGUUUAUUAAUGAACAAAGCAGUGCCAAAACUCUCUCUUCAGAUGAUUCUUACACUCCUAAUGCCAACAGGCUAUCUGCUGGUAAGAUUUCCAGUGGGGACAGACACAAUAAUGGAGGCACUAAAGUCUUCCCAGAGAGGACAAGUAGUGACCUGGGCUUCCUUCACUUAGACUGUGCCCCAAGCAACUCUGAUUUCUUUUUGAACUGGGGAUACACAUAUAGAGGGGUUAUUUUCCCAACACUAAAAAAUUCUUUCAAGUCUAGAGACCUAGAAAGACUUUAUCAGCGUUAUUUUCUAGGGCAGCGUCGUAAAUCUGAGGUGGUCAUGAACAUUUUAGAUGUAUUGACCAAAUUAACCUUACUUAUCCUUCAUCUUACAUUGGCCUCUGCACCUAUGGACCCAAUAAAAGGCAUUUUGUUGGGGUUUUUUACUGGAAUCGAGGUGGUGAUCUGUGCCUUAGUAGUUGUUAGAAAGGACACAACAUCAUAUACAUAUCUACAGUUUAGUGGAGUAGUGACUUGGAUAACAAUGGCUACACAAAUACUGGCAGCUGGACUUGGAUAUGGUCUUUUAGGGGAUGGCAUCGGUUAUGUACUCUUUACACUUUUUGCUACCUACAGCAUGCUUCCAUUGCCCCUUACUUGGGCUAUAUUGGCUGGAUUGAUUACCUCCCUUCUUCAAAUUGUGAUGCAGCUUGUGAUCCCAAGGCUUGCAGUGACUUCCAUAAACCAGAUAGUGGCGCAGACUGUGUUAUUUAUGUGCAUGAACACUGCUGGCAUCUUCAUUAGCUACCUGUCAGAUCGUGCGCAACGACAAGCUUUUCUGGAAACUAGAAGAUGUGUAGAGGCAAGGUUAAGGCUGGAGACUGAAAACCAGAGACAGGAAAGGCUGGUUCUUUCUGUAUUACCUCGAUUUGUUGUACUUGAAAUGAUCAAUGAUAUGACCAAUGUUGAGGAUGAGCAUCUUCAACAUCAGUUUCACAAGAUUUAUAUCCAUCGCUAUGAAAAUGUCAGCAUUCUUUUUGCAGAUGUAAAAGGGUUCACCAACCUUUCCACUACCUUGUCUGCGCAGGAGCUGGUGCGCAUGUUAAAUGAACUUUUUGCAAGAUUUGAUCGACUAGCACAUGAACAUCAUUGCCUUAGAAUUAAGAUCCUUGGGGAUUGCUACUAUUGUGUUUCUGGCCUUCCUGAGCCGCGACAAGAUCAUGCUCAUUGCUGUGUUGAAAUGGGUCUCAGCAUGAUCAAGACUAUAAGGUAUGUAAGAUCAAGAACAAAGCAUGACAUUGACAUGAGAAUAGGAAUUCAUUCUGGGUCUGUUCUUUGUGGAGUGCUGGGCCUGAGGAAAUGGCAGUUUGAUGUAUGGUCAUGGGAUGUAGAUAUUGCCAACAAACUGGAAUCGGGUGGAAUCCCAGGGAGGAUUCAUAUCUCAAAAGCUACCCUAGACUGCCUUAAUGGGGAUUAUAAUGUUGAAGAAGGGCAUGGGAAAGAAAGAAAUGAGUUCUUGAGGAAACAUAACAUUGAGACAUACUUAAUCAAGCAGCCUGAGGAAAAUCUGCUGAGUUUACCAGAAGACAUUGUGAAAGAGUCUGUUAGUCCCACUGACAGAAGAAACAGUGGAACAACAUUUACAGAGGGGUCAUGGAGCCCAGAACUUCCAUUUGAUAACAUUGUUGGAAAACAGAAUACUCUUGCUGCUCUAACAAGAAAUUCAAUAAAUCUGCUUCCAAAUCAUCUUGCACAAGCUUUGCAUGUCCAGUCUGGGCCUGAGGAAAUUAACAAGCGAAUAGAGCACACCAUCGACUUACGGAGUGGCGAUAAAUUGAGAAGAGAGCAUAUCAAGCCUUUCUCACUGAUGUUUAAAGACUCCAGCCUGGAGCAUAAGGGAGAGUCAGAUGUUGAAGCUGGGGAUAGGAGUCUACAUGGCAUUUUCCCUUUCAUUCACCCUGCUUUGUAUGCAUCCAAUCCCAAAAGGAGAAAAUCUAGAAGAGAGUGCAGGAAGAGUAAACAGAGAUUUAAUAAAGGCCUUAAUGAAGUUUUCUUAAAUGAGCAGGGAAAACUUAGUAAGAAAGGUGUGGCCACUCAGUGCAUAGAAUCUGAAGUAGAUCAGGGAAGUGAAAUUGCUGAAAAUGUUCCCUGUGAACUAGACAUUAUUAGCAGUAACUUUGAGCGAGAACAAGCUAAUGAUCCCUUGAUACACCCACAGGUUGAGAUCCCAAAGGAAAUUUUAACUGACCAUGGUACUCAUUUUGUUUUCCGUCUCAUGAAAGAGUUAUGCCAAUUAUUCAAAGUACAGACUUUGAAAACCUCAGUAUAUCACCCUCAGACAGAUGGGCUAGUAGAGAGGUUUAACCGCAUACUUAAGGGGAUGUUAAGGAAAGUUGUUAGUAGAGAGGGAAGGAUUGGGAUCAACGGCUUCCUUACUUAUUGUUUGCAGUCCGUGAAAUCCCCCAGAGCUCAACUGGUUUUUCUCCUUUUAAACUUUUAUAUGGUCAACAUCCGAGAGGUUCGCCAAUAUAUGGGAAAAGCUCAGGAUGCUAAAAAUUUUUAUUAUGAUAAGAGUGCUACUGUAAGGCAAUUUAAACAGGGUGACAGGGUAAUGGUUUUAGUUCCUACAGCUGAGAACAGAAUACAAGAAAUUGCCCAAGAUAUUAUUACUGAGCCUGGUGUAACCUUUAAAUUAAAACCAUACAGGAUUCCUGAGGAAAAAAGGCAGGCUGUACAAGCAGAGGUUAGGAAAAUGCUUGAAUUAGAUGUAAUAGAAGAAUCACAUAGUCCAAUUGUUUUGGUACCUAAACUGAAUGGUUCUAUCUAUGUGUCAAAGUUUAAUGCCUACCCAAUGCCACGGGUUGAUGAACUGACAGAUGCCUCUGAGGUCAGUUUGGGUGCUGUACUGUCACAGCACAUAGGCAAGGAACAACAUCCAGUGCUAUAUCUAAGCAAGAAAUUUUUGCCUCGAGAACAGCGCUAUGCUGUUAUAGAAAAAGAGUGCUUAACAAUUAAGUGGGCUAUGGAGACUCUAAAGUAUUAUUUGCUGGGAAGACACUUCACCCUUGUCACUGACCAUGCUCCGUUAAAAUGGAUGCACACCAACAAAGAUAAAAACUCACAAGUCACUAGAUGGUUUUUGUCCUUGCAAACAUUUACUUUUGUAGUGAAGCACACAGCUGGUUUGCUCCAUGGUAACGCUGAUGCACUGCCUCGUGUGCAUGGGCUUCUUGCAGCAGUCGAUUCACACACUGGUGUUGCGCUGGGGAGGUGGAUGUGUGACAGGCUGUGGUGUGAUUUCGACAAAUCUUUUGCCUUAAAAAACCAAACCUUCAACUCUUCAGCAUCAUUCACUGACAUCUGCUUCUAUCCUGAGUAUUUUGUCUUCACUGGAGUUCUUGCAAUGGUGACCUGUGCUGUCUUUCUUCGUCUCAACUCCGUCCUGAAACUUGCAGUUCUGCUUAUAAUGAUAGCAAUAUAUUCACUGCUAACGGAAACAAUUUACACAUCGCUCUUCCUAAGAUAUGACAACUUUCAUCAUAAUGGAAAAACAGACUUCCUGGGGACGAAGGAAGCCUCCCUGCUUCUAAUGGCAAUGUUUCUGUUAGCUGUUUUUUAUCAUGGACAGCAGCUGGAAUACACAGCAAGGCUUGAUUUUUUAUGGCGCGUGCAAGCCAAAGAAGAAAUCAAUGAAAUGAAAGAUUUAAGAGAACACAAUGAAAAUAUGCUCAGAAACAUUUUACCAAGUCACGUUGCUCGACAUUUUCUGGAGAAGGACCGCGAUAAUGAAGAGCUGUAUUCUCAGUCCUAUGAUGCAGUGGGUGUUAUGUUUGCGUCCAUCCCUGGCUUCGCAGAUUUUUAUUCCCAGACUGAAAUGAAUAACCAAGGAGUUGAAUGUCUGCGUUUGCUGAAUGAAAUAAUUGCUGAUUUCGAUGAGUUAUUAGAUGAAGAAAGAUUCCAGGACAUUGAAAAAAUCAAAACCAUUGGGAGUACUUAUAUGGCGGUGUCUGGACUUUCACCAGAGAAACAGCAAUGUGAAGAUAAAUGGGGACAUUUGUGUGCCGUGGCUGACUUCUCUAUAGCUCUGAAUGAAAGCAUACAAGAGAUUAACAAGCAUUCAUUUAACAACUUUGAACUGCGUAUUGGUAUUAGUCAUGGUUCCGUUGUUGCAGGAGUUAUUGGAGCUAAAAAACCUCAGUAUGAUAUCUGGGGAAAAACAGUCAACUUGGCUAGCAGAAUGGACAGCACAGGCGUAAGCGGCAGAAUACAAGUGCCUGAAGAAACCUACCUAAUUCUGAAGGAAAGAGGCUUUGCUUGCGAGUAUCGAGGAGAAAUUUAUGUAAAAGGAAUAAGCGAGCAGGAAGGGAAAAUCAAAACAUAUUUUCUUCUAGGAAGAGUACAGCCAAAUCCUCUAAUUUUGCAGCCAAAAAAAUUAACUGGACAAUAUUCGUUAGCAGCUGUUGUAUUAGGACUUGUACAGUCUCUUAAUAGACAGAAACAAAAGCAAAUUCUAAAUGAAAAUAACAACUCUGGUAUCAUAAAGGCUCACUACAACCGAAGGACUUUAUUAGCGUCCAGUGGCUCUGAGGUCGUCACCCAGACAGAGGGAGCUGACAAGUCUGAAUUGCCAUAAAUCAAACCAUUUUCUUUUAGUUCGUUUUUUGUAUUUCUUUUAUAUAUAUAAAUACACAAAUAAAAAUUGUAUAAUUUUUUUACAAAUAGUAUUAGAUUCUUUUUCGCUAAAGGGACAUAUGCAUAUGAUAAAAAUAUGAUACAGAUGUUAGCGCUGAGAUUUUAUCUCUUGACGUUCAUUUUAUACGCCCCAUGAUUCAAAAUACUGGGUGCUAAAUGGACAAGAGGGGGUGCAGCAACACACCAACUAAAGUGUAAAAGGGACAGUAAAUGCUUUACAAUUUUAAUAUAAAAUAAUUAAUUAUGUUUAGUAAAACAACUUCACAAUA